AUGAUGCCUGCAGCUCUCUUGACGCCUCCCUGCGGCGAGGAGAUGGCGCAAUUCUCCCAGAAAACAGUAAUGGGCACUAUUUUCGAAACUACUGAACGCUAUACAGACUGGAGACCUGUUGGCCUUGGAGUCUCUGGGCUUGUCUGUUCCGCAAGGGAUCAAAUACGUCAUCGGACAGUCGCCGUGAAGAAGCUCGCAGAACCAUUCAAGACCGAGGGCAUUGCAAGACACAUGUUUCGAGAAAUCAAAUUGCUGCGACAAUUGCACCAUGAAAACGUGAGUGCUCUGACCCUGCUAUUGGCCUCCCAUCUAAUUGAUCAGAUUAUCAACCUUACCGACAUCUUCAUCUCGCCGUCGGAAGACAUUUAUCUCGUGACUGAAUUGAUGGCGACAGACCUCAAUACAAUCCUCAAGGCCAAAAAGGUCGAUGACCAAUUCACCCAAUACUUCAUGUACCAGAUCAUGCGCGGCCUCAAAUACCUCCACUCCGCCGGCGUCGUCCACAGAGACUUAAAACCAAGCAACAUCCUGAUAAAUGAAAACUGCGACCUGAAAAUAUGCGACUUUGGGCUCGCCCGAGUCCAAGAACACCACAUGACCGGCUACGUCUCAACGAGAUACUAUCGCGCCCCGGAAAUCAUGCUCACAUGGCGGAAAUACAACGAAAAAGUCGAUAUCUGGAGCGCCGGCUGCAUCUUCGCCGAGUUACUAUUAGGCGAGCCAUUAUUCCCCGGCAAGAACCAUAUCAACCAGUUCUGUGUCAUCGCAGAUACGCUUGGGAAUCCCCCGGAGUCGCUGAUCACCAAUAUCACAAGUGAAAAUACAUUGAAUUUCAUCAAAUCACUACCAAAAAGAGAACGCAAACCCAUUUCACAGAUCAUACCAAAGGCGACCCCAGAUGCCGUCACCUUGAUUGACCAAAUGCUCCAAUUCGACCCAGAUACACGCAUUACAGCAGCCCAAGCCGUCGAAUCUGCAUAUCUGGCUCCAUACCAUGAUCCAAACGACGAACCGGUCGCGACAGAGGCGUUUGACUGGUCGUUCCUGGAAGCGCAUCUUCCUGUUGAUAUCUGGAAGACUAUUAUGUACGGCGAGAUCCUAGGAUUCCAUGAAAAAGUUUCUCAAAGUGGAAUUACUGGUCCCAUGAGGACGGUAAACCAAUUGGACGGGAUGGAUCUUGCAUGA